UGAUUCAAGGACAACCAGGUUAUUUACAAUUCCCUCCAAUAGGCAUUCCAUUGGAAUGUUCGUUUUCCUUCGUAAAUACUCCAGCACUCCCAGCAACUCAAGCAUUAGCUGACACAAUUGGAGUGCUCGACAUCAACAAUUGGUCUAGACAUGCCCCUGGAAUUCCGGAUGUUGGCCAGAAAAAUAUAACUUGUCCACCAAAUCUAACCCAUCAAUUACAUGACUAUGCUAGUGAACUCAGUGCUAUGCUUCCAGAUUGGAAAGCCCACAAAAAU